CUUUCUAACAUGGCAGAUGAAAUUGUGGAGUAUUAUCAUGUGACGGGCAAAUCUUCUCAUUGAUAAGAUUGUUCGUGUUUGAAAACUGUGAAAUAUUUUCUCGUGAUUAUAGAAGAAAUAGUGUAGAAUUGGUGUCCGCGAUGGCGGAUCUGAAAAGUUCCCCGUUUAGUGACAUCAAGCGGCCAGAGGAGGUGGUGGCGAUGGCGAUGAACGACAGCUUGAAAUUUGCCGUACUGAUAGGACUUAUCGAGGUCGGACAGGUGUCUAAUCGAGAGGUCGUGAACACAGUUCUUCACUUGGUAAGUUUUUAUCACAUGCACUGAAUUUCCACCACCGGUAAGUUUAGAUAUUUUCAAUGUUAUUAUUGUUUUCAGGCAAGUCUCUUACGUGGAACUUGCGCCUAUACUCUUUGGAGGCUGACAAUUUAAUUAGUAUUCAUUUAAGUUCAGUAACCAUUGGAUUAGCGUGAUUGACGGUCAUUGAACCAGAGUGCAGGCAGGGUCGAAAAUGUAGUUGAAAAUGUAGUCAACUAUCUAAAGUGGUAGGUAGGUAAUGCCGAAUCCUGUUGCGGUAUUCGCUGUCAACUGUGUAGGGUUAAAAUUUCAUUCAACUCUGUGCCCGCAAGAGGUUUAUUACCCAUCAUGUAUAGGGGUUCUAAUUAACUAUCCCAAACUGACACAUCAUGUGUCACUUUAAUACAAUGAUGGUCCAUAAUGUGCAAUAUGUUCGUGGAAACUGCAUUUAGAUAUUAAUAUUCAAGUAUCACUUGAAUCAAUGUGAAUCAUUUUUAAUUCCUUAUAUCAUUUGUCAAUUAGGUAUGUGCUAAUUAACACAAUCUUUUUUCAAGCAAAGAGAAAAACAGAGGUUCUCUAUUACUAUAUCAAAUUUACUGUAAGCAUUACAAAUUUCACAUCGUUUAUGGUAAUAUUUUUUUUUUUAAAUAAAUUAUUCAUGAA